UAAGCAGCGCGACAUUUCGCCUUGCUAUCGCCUACUGUGAUGACAUCAAAUUUUCUUAUUGUGAGCUAAACAAAUAUUUUAUUUUAUUGUUCACCUCUUUGUUCAAAAGAAUGGCAGUUCUCUACAUCCAAAAAGAAUGCUUGCUGAUUUUAUUCUGUGGAUUACACUUAGUAUAUUGUGCACAUCCUGUUGAUCAUAAAGUAAUUUAUGCUGGCCAAACAGAAGUGUUAGAAGGUGAUUCUUUGGAAAUAUCCUGCGUUAUGAGCGAGAGAGAUAUUCACGAAUGGACAAUUAAUAGCUCAUAUAUUAUUGAAGAAGAUAACGACAAAGGUUACGCGUUACUGGGAAAGCCAGCGAAGACUUUCUACGAUAAAUAUGUAUUAGAAAUACAGUCAGCUCAACUUUAUCACGAAGGAGAAUAUCGUUGCAACAAAUACAGCAGGGAUUUUCAUUAUUUAAAUGUAAUACCCAUUUCAUCAGAUGAUCUUGAAGAAGAUGGUAAAGAAGAUGUGCCUAUUGUCAAAAGAUCCAAUGAACAUGUAUUGAAAGUAAAUGAAACAAUUGAAUACUACUGCGCCUCCGCAAGAGACGAUAACUCUCAAGUCACAUGGUACAAGAACAGUCGUCGAAUUUUAGAAAAUUCCGACUCCAAUGUCAUAAUUUCUGGCCUGAAUCUGAUCAUUCAGGAUGCUCAAGAGGAUGACGCUGGGGAAUAUAUGUGUACUGUAGACACUCCUUAUGUCACAGGAUAUAUGGAUAUAGGAAGAAUAUUCCGAUUAAACGCUCCUGCCAACAUACUCGAUUUCCCUGAGAAAAUGAGCGUCAUACAAGGUCGAACCUUGAAACUAAACUGCAAGGCGCAAGGUUUCCCACAGCCCAAGAUUACAUGGUAUAUUGGAAACAUUAUGGCAUCUCAUCUUAAAGAAUUGGAUAUACGGAUAACCAUAUAUUCUUUAGCUGAUGGUGGCCAAGUGAACACUUUCCUUGCCAUCAGAGAUGUCUCUGACGAAGACAGCAGUCUGUAUACGUGCAGAGCAGAAAAUUCUAUUGACUCAGGACUUUCUGUAGUAUAUGAUGAGGAAUCUGUUUUUGUUCAUGUAAGAGGGGCUGGAACAUAUAUGUCCAGCAUGUUCACUAUUUUAAAUGCGUCUCAAGAACUUUCACUGAAGUCUCAAGAACGUUUCAGUGUAAUGAUUCAUAAAAUGACAGCAACCCUCUAUUUUUUUUUCCUCGCCGCCAUUUUGUCUUCACGAAGUAAAGCUGUUUCCAGCAUUGAUUUCACUACUAGUACAACGUACGUUCAGAAGGGUGGAAAGUUCAUCCUCGCAUGCAGAGUUGCAGGAAUUGGUAUACAUCUUUGGUAUAAAGAUGGAAAGCCGGUAGUGCCAAACUCUGUCAAUAAAUUUCAUCUGGAACAAGACUCUCUCACAUAUUCCCCGGAGGAAUUAGAUUUUUUCACAACUAUGCGUCUUAUAGUUGAAGACGCAGAUUCUAUUCAUACGGGUGAAUAUAAAUGUAACAGUAAUGGUGUAUAUCAUCAAAACGUCAUUGUUGUUACUGAAAAUAUGAUAGAACCAAACGAAGAUGAACCAGGCAUGGGCAAGUUACUGAUUCCUGGAGAGCCAUUAGUUUUACAGUGUAAUACGUCUGAAUGUCCUCAUUGUACAGUAGUAUGGUUUAAAGACGAUAAAUUAUUAGAACCUAUUCCAGGUCAUUUAGAAAUAUAUGAAAAGAAUAAUUCUGUUCUUAUUCAGCAGUCUUCAUAUAAUGAUUCAGGUGUCUAUGUCUGUGCUAUUGAUAGAAAGCAGCUUGAUGUUGCCUUAAAUGCUACCAUAGUUGUUCAAUCUAAAAUAAAGUUAGAGAAAUUUGAGCAAUCAUCUGUAGUGGUUCAAGGUAGUCCUCUAGAAUUAUACUGCCUUGCCAAAGGAGCUCCUAUGCCACAUAUAAAGUGGUUUAUAGGUGGUGAAGAAGUUGAUGAUGAUAAUGAACGGGUUAAAUUAUUAGAUCAUGAAGGUUUGAAAAGGGGCAAGUUGAUGAUUGAAGAAGCAGACUUUCAAGAUAGAAAUUACUAUACUUGUGAAGCUUAUAAUCAAAUUGACUCAUUACGCUACACAUGACUGAUUUUAAUUUCAGAUAAACUUGCUGCACUGUGGCCUUUCCUUGGAAUUUGUGCAGAAGUUGCUAUAUUAUGUUCCAUUAUUUUUGUAUAUGAAAGAAGGAAGAGUAUGACUCAAUGUGAUGAACCAGACACUGAUCUUCCCACAGAUAACAAACAUCAUCGUGACCAAAAAAUGAAAGGGCAAGAUGUUAGACAAAGGAAAUAGUUUUGAGGAGCUCAUUGAAUUUAGUCGUGAUAAUAUAUUUUCAUUAUCUGUAUUUAUUCUUGAUUUGUAUUUCAUUUUAUGUGAAAUAUUUUCUGUUUUGUUACUUGUUUUGUCACUUGGAAUUUUCCUUUUUUAAUUUAAUCUUAUAUGGUUGUGUUAAUCAUUUAAAUAUGGUUUAUAAGGAACUCUUUCAUGUGAGAAAGGAAGUUUUAAUUUAGAACUUGAGAUGAUUUAUAUGCAUCUUGAAUGCAUAGCUACAACGAGAACAUUAGCAAUGUCAGUUAAAUGUCCUAUGUGUUUUAGUAGUUAUGUGUGUAGUGCCAGGACCUAUGGGACUCAUUAGAGUAUUCUUGUUCUUGCGUGUUAAUGUCAAAUGCAAUAAAAUAUUCCUCUACAGUGCUCACUUCUGAAAAAAAAAAAAGUAUUUUCAUAAAGCAAGAUGUUCUUAUGUUUGCAGUUUUCCUGGCAUAACAUAUAGCCUUAAAUGAUAUUACUCACAUUUUCCUUUAUUUUUACUGUUAAAAGGAAAUUACUUUUUCUACAGAUCAUGAUGAUAAUCAUAUGAAAUAAAGUUUAUCUUUUUUUUUU